GGCGGGGCGCCGCGCGCGUCCGCGGGGGGGCGAUGAAGCCGGCGCGCGCGGCCGUGUGGAACGCGAGGGCCGCGCUGCUCUACUCGCUGGGCGGCUGGACCACGCUGGGCGCCCUCAUCUACUACAGCCGCCAGAACAAAGCCAGCAUCGAGAAUGCAAAUGAUGCUGAGGCAAACCAAGGGAUCCGCAAGGAAGUACACACUAAGGAAUAUCCUUUUGGAUUGACAGUGACAACAGAAGUAACAUACAAAGAGGUUCAGCCUCCUCUCACUCGACUGCUCAGGCGUGUGGUGUCAUUCUUUGUUCCUAAUGACGACCCUCCUUCCGAAAAGUGAGCUGUCCAAAAGCUCAGAAUGUUGUGCCGGAGAACCUCAUCCCAGUGCCUGGCACCAGACCACUGCUGGAAAACUGUCCCUUGCGUUGCUGAAACAGCAGCUCUGACCAGCUGGUGUGAAGUUGCUUUCCCAGCUGGUGUGCAGGACGUACCUGGAUGAUCCAGGAUGUACCCGGGAUGGCUCCUCAGCUGGGCAGCUCUGAAAUGGAUACUUCAGGAACGAUUAGUAAAUGGGAAGGAACAUAGUUUAAUGUUUUGGGUACAGAGUUCUUAAUGGUCCUUCAAAUAAAAGCUCCCAAGAGAUGA